GACGUUGAUGUUCCAGAUGUGAAUAUCGAAGGUCCAGAUGCAAAACUGAAGGGCCCUAAAUUCAAGAUGCCAGAGAUGAACAUCAAAGCUCCUAAAAUAUCAAUGCCUGAUUUAGACCUCAAUCUUAAAGGCCCUAAGAUGAAAGGAGAGGUGGACGUUUCACUUCCAAAUGUAGAAGGUGAUUUGAAAGGACCUGCUCUUGACAUAAAAGGCCCAAAGAUAGAUGUAGAUGCUCCAGAUAUUGACAUUCAUGGCCCAGAUGCCAAAUUAAAAGGUCCAAAACUGAAGAUGCCUGACAUGCAUGUAAACAUGCCUAAGAUCACCAUGCCAGAAAUUGACUUGAAUUUGAAAGGCUCAAAGCUUAAAGGAGAUGUCGAUGUCUCUGGGCCCAAGUUGGAAGGUGACAUUAAAGCUCCCGGUUUGGAUAUAAAGGGCCCAGAAGUGGACGUUUCUGGUCCUAAGCUUAAUAUUGAAGGCAAGUCAAAGAAAUCUCGUUUUAAGCUUCCCAAAUUUAAUUUUUCAGGCUCCAAAGUUCAGACACCUGAGGUGGAUGUCAAAGGUAAAAAGCCAGAUAUUGACAUAACAGGUCCAAAAGUUGAUAUUAAUGCUCCUGAUGUCGAGGUCCAAGGAAAAGUGAAAGGAUCCAAGUUUAAAAUGCCUUUCCUGAGUAUUUCAUCUCCCAAAGUUUCUGUGCCUGAUGUGGAGCUAAAUUUGAAAGGUCCUAAAGUCAAAGGAGAUUUAGAUGUUGCAGGUCCCAAUUUAGAGGGUGACUUGAAAGGCCCCAAAGUGGAUAUUAAGGCACCAGAAGUCAAUCUAAAUGCACCUGAGGUGGAUGUUCAUGGUCCGGACUGGAAUCUGAAAAUGCCCAAGAUGAAAAUGCCCAAAUUCAGUGUGCCUGGCUUAAAAGCAGAAGGGCCAGAUGUAGCUUUGGAUCUGCCAAAAGGAGACAUCAACAUAGAGGGCCCAAGUAUGAACAUUGAGGGCCCAGAACUCAAUGUGGAAGGUCCGGAGGGAGGCUUGAAAGGCCCCAAAUUCAAGAUGCCUGACAUGAAUGUCAAAGCUCCCAAGAUCUCCAUGCCUGACCUUGACUUCAACUUGAAGGGCCCCAAGGUGAAAGGUGAUGUGGAUGUUUCUCUUCCCAAACUUGAAGGGGAUCUGAAAGGGCCAGAGGUUGAUAUCAAAGGCCCUAAAGUGGACAUCAGUGCCCCAGAUGUGGAUGCUCAUGGUCCAGACUGGCAUCUGAAGAUGCCCAAAGUGAAAAUGCCAAAGUUCAGCAUGCCCGGCUUCAAAGGAGAGGGCCCCGAAGUGGAUGUGAACCUGCCCAAGGCUGACCUUGACAUCUCAGGACCCAAGGUGGACAUUGAUGUUCCAGAUGUGAAUAUUGAAGGUCCGGAUGCAAAGCUGAAGGGCCCCAAGUUCAAGAUGCCUGAGAUGAACAUCAAAGCCCCCAAGAUCUCCAUGCCUGACUUUGACCUGAACUUGAAGGGACCGAAAAUGAAGGGUGAUGUGGAUGUGUCUCUGCCCAAAGUGGAAGGUGAUCUAAAAGGCCCUGAGGUGGACAUCAAGGGCCCCAAAGUGGACAUUGACACUCCUGACAUUAACAUUGAAGGCCCAGAGGGUAAAUUGAAGGGACCCAAAUUUAAGGUACCAGAGAUGCAUCUGAAGUCUCCCAAAAUAUCGAUGCCUGACAUUGAUUUAAACCUGAAGGGCCCCAAGGUGAAGGGUGAUGUGGACGUUUCUCUGCCCAAAGUGGAAGGCGACCUUAAGGGCCCUGAAGUUGACAUCAGAGGCCCCAAAGUGGACAUUAAUGCUCCGAAUGUGGAUGUUCAAGGCCCAGACUGGCACCUGAAGAUGCCCAAG